ACUGAUCUAUGCUGGACACUGCACACAACCAUUGAGAGUAACAGCUGGCUGGGCAAGCGCCUUCUGGUAAAUAGUCUAUGUAGGUUUUGCCCGCAAAAGAAGUAUUUAAAUAUGUAAUACCCUACAAAAGUCCCCUUUCUAUUGUCUUUGCCAUCUUUAUCAUAACUCUGUAACACGAAGAGACGUUUUAAUUUAAAAAUGAGUGGGAUAAUAAAUAUACCAACUAUUUCUUUCACAGCUAAAAUAGCUUGCUGCCUCCCGCCUUCCUCAUGUGACCACCUGCCCGGCGCUUCUCAGAGCUGUGUUUGGGCAGUCAGCUGGUUGUGUUGGCUGUCCCCUGUAGAUCAGCUGUGCGCUCAUAGCAGCAGCACAGAUUAGUCUGACCUCAGCAUGCUGCGCCAUCCCCACUGUGACUGCGUGCGGCUUUUUACCUGGUAAUAAAGCCUACCUUCUACUUGUCCUGCAGUUUGCCAUGCGGUCCUGCGUGGAUCUGGACAAUGAAUAACACCACCGGCUUGGCGCUGGUUGGAGCGGGCAGCCGGGAGGACCCUCCGGCGCACAGAGCUCUUAUUGGAUGCGUCCUGGUGCUGCUCAUCAUUUGGACGCUUUUGGGCAACAUGACCGUGUGCGCGGCCGUGUAUCGCUAUCGCCACCUGCGCGCCAAGGUGACCAACAUCUUCAUCGUGUCUUUGGCUUUGUCGGAUCUCCUGGUCGCGGUGCUGGUGAUGCCGUGGAAAGCCGCGGCCGAAGUGGCCGGCUUCUGGCCGUUCGGCGGUUUCUGCAAGACAUGGCUGGCCUGCGACAUUAUGUGCUCCACGGCCUCCAUCCUCAACCUGUGCGUCAUCAGCGUGGACCGAUAUUGGGCAAUCUCCAGCCCGUUCUGCUACGAGCGGAUCAUGAACAAGAGGGUUGCCUUCGUUAUGAUCGGUGUGACUUGGACAGUUUCCGUGGUGAUCUCCUUUGUUCCGGUGCAGCUGGACUGGCACCGGGCGGAAAUCAGUGACCCCGGCGGGCGUCAUACAACCCCACACGUGGAGAUCACCGAGGGAAGUUGUGACUCCAGCCUGAGCCGCACUUACGCGAUCUCUUCCUCCCUUAUCAGCUUCUACAUCCCUGUUGUGAUCAUGAUCAUCACCUACACCCGGAUCUACCGGAUAGCGCAGACGCAGAUCCGGGUAAUAUCAUCCUUGGAGCGCGCGGCGGAGCACGCCCAGAGCUGCCGAUCACACGUGCCUGACCUGUUCCCGCACAUGUGUACAGAAAUCGGAGCCAGCUCCUACCAGUCUCGCAUCAGCAUCCACCCUGAUACCCAGUGCCCCAACCAGUCACACCGCGAGCUCAGAGUCUCCAUCAGAAAAGAGACCAAAGUACUGAAGACACUGAGCAUCAUAAUGGGUGUUUUCGUCUGCUGCUGGCUGCCCUUCUUUAUCCUGAACUGCGCUCUGCCCUUCUGCCCCGGACCGGGGGCUCCGGGAGCCCACCGCGGCCCCUGCUGUGUCAGCGAGAAAACCUUUGAUAUCUUCGUGUGGAUCGGAUGGAGCAACUCCUCUUUGAACCCAGUUAUUUAUGCGUUCAACGCGGACUUCAGAGACGCAUUCCUGCGCCUGUUGCGCUGCCGCGGUCGAGGCUUCCUGUCGGCGGUGAGCACAGCGGUGGAGACCAUGAUUGCGAGCAACGAGGCUGGGCAGCAUAGGCGGGACAGCACCCUGAAGGCCAAGCUGAGCGUGUCCACGAACACGCGGGGGAGUCAGGACAGCGGGAACACCACGAUGGCCGUGUUUUAUCACGGAGGGGCCACGAUGGAGCAGAGGACGGACACUGAGGAAAGAUAUGACAAAGACCGUCUGACACAGAUACCCAGAUAAAUUUAAAAUCUAUAUACACACUAGUUUUCUUUUAGCCGUUUUUAUUAAUAUUUAAUGGUUUUGACUAUCAAACUAAUUCAAGCUAAGAAACCUUAGAUUUAUUUUUCACUCGGUAGACUAAAAGUAUGGGGGUCCACAAGUGUCACAAUUUAAUAAAAAACCAAAAUAGUCAUUAAAUGAUUGUUUAGAAUGUUUCCUGAACUAAUCAAAACAAAUAUGUGGAUGAACAGGAGUUUAGGUACAUUUUUGAUAAAAUUUUAAUAAAAACAAAAAAAAAUUAGAAUAGAAUAUAAAUAUCCUUUAUUGUGCCACAGUGGGGAAAUUAAUGUCAAAUGUAAUUUUCAACAAAAUUUUAAAUUGUUCACUCAGGGUAUCAGCAUGCACUUAGGCUUUGCAUUAUGUAUGUGACAAAAACAAAUAUAGUUCAGUUUAUUGAGAGUAAACAUUGCUGAUAAACUGGUGAGGCAACAGGUUUUUAUUUUUCUAACAUUUUUCACAUUCAUCUUCUAUAUCGCUUAUUCCAUAGUGGGUCUUGGUGUGGGGGAGCUGGUGCCU